UCAUCAUCAUCAACAUUUUGCAUCAAUCACUGAGCUUCUUAAUUCUGCUCAUCAAUCCAAUUUUUUUCAUGGCGGAAAAGCUCGGUGAUGGCAUAGUCUCCCUCAAUCCUAAACCCUCCAAGGGUUUCUCCUCUAAGCUUCUCGAUCUUCUGGAGAGAGUUGUUGUCAAGCUCAUGCACGAUGCUUCUCUCCCUCUCCACUACCUCUCCGGAAACUUCGCUCCCCUCAAGGAUGAGACUCCUCCCGUCAAAGAUCUCCCCGUCGUCCAUGGAUUUCUUCCCGAAUGCUUGAAUGGUGAAUUUGUGAGGGUUGGUCCAAAUCCCAAGUUUGAUCCCGUCGCUGGAUAUCACUGGUUUGAUGGAGAUGGUAUGAUACAUGGGGUUCGCAUCAAAGAUGGGAAAGCAACUUAUGUUUCUCGAUAUGUUAAGACAUCACGUCUCAAGCAGGAAGAGUUUUUCGGAGCUGCCAAAUUCAUGAAGAUUGGGGACCUUAAGGGGUUUUUCGGAUUGCUUAUGGUCAAUAUGCAACAGCUUAGAACUAAACUCAAAGUAUUGGACGACUCUUAUGGAUAUGGAACUGGUUGGUUACUUCAUCCCUUCUACCUAGCUAGUAUCUUAACAAAUCUCACUCUCUUUUUCCAUGCACCAGCUAAUACAGCGCUCGUAUAUCACCAUGGAAAACUUCUAGCAUUACAGGAGGCAGAUAAGCCGUAUGUCGUCAAAGUUUUGGAAGAUGGGGACCUGCAAACUCUUGGCAUGAUAGAUUAUGACAAGAGAUUGACCCACUCCUUCACUGCACACCCAAAAGUUGACCCGGCUACGGGUGAAAUGUUUACAUUUGGCUAUUCGCAUACGCCUCCUUAUCUCACAUACAGGGUGAUCUCGGAAGAUGGCAUUAUGCUUGACCCAGUCCCAAUCACUAUAUCAGAGCCAAUCAUGAUGCACGAUUUUGCUAUUACUGAGAGUUAUGCAAUCUUCAUGGAUCUUCCUAUGCACUUCAGGCCAAAGGAAAUGGUGAAAGAGAAGAAAAUGAUAUACUCGUUUGAUCCCACAAAGAAGGCUCGUUUUGGUGUUCUUCCACGCUAUGCCAAGGAUGAACUCAUGAUUAGAUGGUUUGAGCUUCCCAACUGCUUUAUAUUCCACAACGCCAAUGCUUGGGAAGAAGAGGAUGAAGUCGUCCUCAUCACUUGUCGCCUUGAGAAUCCAGAUCUUGACAUGGUCAGCGGGAAUGUGAAAGAAAAACUUGAAAAUUUUAGCAACGAACUGUACGAAAUGAGAUUUAACAUGAAAACGGGCUCAGCUUCUCAGAGAAAACUAUCGGCAUCUGCAGUUGAUUUCCCCAGAAUCAACGAGCGCUACACUGGAAAGAAACAGAGAUAUGUGUAUGGAACAAUUUUGGACAGUAUCGCAAAGGUUACAGGAAUUAUCAAGUUUGAUCUGCAUGCGGAGGCUGAGACAGGCAAGAAAAUGCUGGAAGUAGGAGGUAAUAUCAAAGGAAUCUAUGAGCUGGGACAAGGGAGAUAUGGUUCAGAGGCUAUAUAUGUCCCGCGUGAGGCAGCGGAAGAAGAUGAUGGCUACUUGAUAUUCUUUGUUCAUGAUGAAAACACAGGGAAAUCAUGUGUGAAUGUGAUCGACGCAAAAACAAUGUCGGCUGAGCCAGUGGCAGUGGUGGAGCUGCCUCAUAGGGUCCCAUAUGGCUUCCAUGCGUUGUUUGUUACAGAGGAACAACUCCAGGAACAAACUCGUAUAUAAGCCAAGCUGUACUUGUAUAUAUAUACUAUUCCGGAGCUGUGGAAGCUGAGGCAAAACCGGGAAGUUGGAUGAUACGGAUACUACUAUCACACAGACUAUGGCAUCAUGUAUUCAUACUAAAUGCCUCGUUUCUCUUUACAGAAAAUUAUAUAUAUUUCAACCUUCCAAUAGCCAACAAUCUUCCUUGGCCUUUACAAUGCACUCUUUCGAAUCGAGGAGAUUGGUGGCUUUCUCCGUUGUUCUUUACAUUCUUUAAGUUCAGUCAACUUCAGUACCCA